AUGGAGUUACAAGAAGCCUUAACGGCAGCUCAAAUUAAUACGUUUACGGAGGUACUGGAGAAGACCCAAAGGAUAGAGACUGCUAGGGCGCACAUGAGGAAUUUUCACGCUAAACGGAAAGGGGCACCUAGUGGAGCCCAAGGGUCAGUGCGAGGUGAUCGGAGCAUGCCACCUGCUAAAUCCGGUCGUGGGGCUGGAGAUGGACGGUUUUCGAGCACAUCUAGGGGAAGUGCUUCGAGAGGUGGUGCCCAGAGGGGAGGCCAAAGUGGUAGGGGUCAAGGUAGAGGUAUUCCCCAGGGAGGCCAAACCUCCACUCCCCGAGUAACGUGUGGAUAUUGUGGGAAACCAAACCACACAAAGGAUGAGUGCUGGAAAAAGGCUCGGAAGUGCCUAAGAUACGGAAGUGUGGAUCACCAAAUAAGCAACCGCCCGUUGAUUAGUGAUACCCAGUCUAGGUCAAACGCAAAGCCGACCAAUGCUGGAGGGACCAGGUCGAGAGUACCGGCCAGAGUAUAUUCGCUGGAUCAACAAACCGUACCUGAACCAACGGAGGUGGUAGAAGGUAUGGAUUGGCUAGCUCACUAUCAUACUCGGGUAGAUUGUAGGAUGAAAGUGGUCGAAUUUUAUAUACCGGGGGAGGCAACUCUAAAGUUAGACGUGAAGGGUAUGAUAGCCUCUUCUGCGCUUAUUUCGGGAAUAAGGGUUAGGAAAUUGCUGAGUCGUGGGGCACACGGUUAUUUAGCUUUUCUGAUUAACACUCCGAGAGAAAAGAUUAAGUUGGAGGACAUGUCGGUAAUCAGUGAAUAUCCGGACGUAUUUCCGGAGGAGUUGGAGUUUCUGCCACCCGAAAGGGAGAUUGAAUUUAAGGUUGAUCUAGUACCUGGAACUACGCCUAUUUCGAAAACCCCUUAUCGUAUGGCACCUGCUGAGCUUAAGGAGUUAAAGAAGGAGCUAAAUCUAAGACAACGUCUGUGGGUAGAGUUCUUAGAAGAUUAUGACUGUACAAUUAACUACCACCCUGGAAAAGCCAACAUUGUAGCAGAUGCUUUAAGCCGAAAGACUCAACUAGCAAGUUCUAUGGUGAGAGAGUGGAGCCUGUUGGAAGACGUAUGUGAGUGGAGAUCUCGUCUGGAACCAAAGAAAGUGAUUUUUGGGAAUAUUGAGGUGAAGUCGACACUGAUGGAGCGGAUCAAAGAGGGCCAAGUGAAGGACCCAAUUGUGCAAAAGUGGGUGGAAAGGGUGAAGAAAGGGGAGUUGCCUAACUUUAACUUAGUUAUCAUUCCUCUUCAAAUGGUCCCAUAUGAAGCCUUGUAUGGACGACAAUGUCGAUCCCCAAUCCAUUGGGAUGAAGUAGGAGAGAGAAAAAUUAUAGAUCCGACCACAAUACCAUGGGUUGAGAAAGCUUAUGAAAGGGUAAAGAUGAUUCGCCAGAGACUGCAAACGGCUCAAAGUCGACAGAAAAGUUAUGCCGAUCAUCGGAGAAAGGAUUUGGAGUUUGAGAUAGGGGAUAAAGUGUUUCUUCGAAUUACCCCGUUGAAAGGAAAGAUUCGAGCAGGAAAAGGGAAAAAGUUGCAACCAAGAUAUAUAGGACCUUUCAAUGUACUCCAGCGAAUAGGAAAGGUGCCUUAUCGACCUGAGUUACCCGCUAGUUUGUCUAGGAUCCAUGACGUUUUCCAUGUUUCUUUGCUUAAGAAAUACCAUCCGGAUCCGACUCACGUUUUGCCACCCGAAGAGGUUGAACUCGACGAGUCCUUAACCUAUGAAGAGCGACCCGUUCAAAUAUUGGAUCGGAAGGUGAAGGAUCUGAGAAACAAGCAGAUUCCUUUAGUACAUGUUCUUUGGAAGCAUCAUGAAGUGGAAGAAGCGACCUGGGAGCUAGAAAAGGACAUGCAAGAGAAAUAUCCCGACCUGUUUGCGACGAAAGAUAUGAAUUUCGAGAAUCGACACCAUAAUUUGCCAGCCGAUCCGCCGGUGAAUUCGCCUCCCUAUAACAAUGCGAGAGCAUUAGGAAACAUAGACGAAAUUGAAGCAGAUCCUCCAGCUUCCUCUGCAACUGCCAUGGACAAGCACUAUCCCCCUAAACAAUCCGAAUGA